UUAUUAAUAUGAAUGAAGAUAAUUGUGAUAUUAUAAGCUGUUAUUUAUGUACUGAUAACGUUUCAUACCCAUCAAUUUAUUUACCAAAUAAUAAACCAGUUGUAGUCGGUCGAAAUGUUGAUACUAAAAUAACAGAUGUUAAAUGCUCUCGUGAACAAGUUCGUUUAUGUGCUAACUAUCAUGAAAAAAAUGUCACAAUUGAACAAUUGGGUAAACAACCUUGUGGAUUAAAUGGCAAUAAAACUAUAAGACAUAAAAAAUAUAUUGCUAAAAAUGGAGAUCAGUUAGAAAUAAUUCAUGGUAAAUAUUCAUACAAAUUCGAAUUUAACUCGUCAUCUCCAGAUAAAUCUUUGAAAAAAUGUCUUCAAGAUAAAGAUCAUGCAAUUUUCAAAAAACGUUCGCAUUGUGAUAUUGACGAUGCAAAUGAAGACUGCAAUGAAGCUGGUACAAGUAAAAAAUGUAAAAUAGAAGAAAAGUUAGCUAGUCCAACAAAUAUUAAAGUGACAGAAGAAUUAUCAGUUGCUAAUAAAAUGACUGAGAAAUGGGAUACAAUAGAUAAAAAUCAUUUACUGAUUUAUACAGCUAAUGAUUGUAAAUCACAACAAAAAAUCGCGAGUUUUGAUAUGGAUGGUACAUUAAUUACAACUAAAUCAGGUGCAGUUUUUCCAAAGAAUACCGAUGAUUGGAAGUUAUUAUAUCCACAAAUUCCAAAGAAAUUGAAAGAAUUGUAUGAUAGUGAUUUCAAAAUUGUCAUUUUUACCAACCAAAAUGGAGUAGGCACAGGAAAAAUAAAUUUAAAUGAUUUCAAAUCUAAAAUUGAAGCGGUUGUUAAAAAAUUAGGAGUUCCUAUUCAAGUUUUUAUAGCAACAUCAAAAGAUCAUUAUCGAAAACCAAUUACUGGAAUGUGGGAAAGAUUAGUAAAAUAUAAUAACGAUAAUAUAAACAUUAAUAAGGAUGAAAGUUUCUAUGUUGGUGAUGCAGCUGGACGACCCAAAGAUUGGAUCCCAAAGGCGAAAAAAGAUCAUUCAUCUGUUGAUCGUUUAUUUGCAAAAAAUAUUGGAAUAAAAUUCUAUACACCAGAGGAAUAUUUUCUCGGACAUAAAUUGGCUAAAUUUAAUAAUCCUAUAUUUGAUCCGAAUAAAUUAACUGAUGAUAUACCAAUUUUCAUACCAGCAAAUGCUCUUGAAAAUUCAAAUAAUCAGGAAGUCAUUAUUAUGGUUGGAGGUCCUGGUUCAGGGAAAACAUUUGUAGUAUCAAAAUAUUUAAAAAAUUAUAGCCACAUUAAUCGAGAUACUCUUGGUAGCUGGCAAAAAUGUGUAUCUGCCAUGGAAAAUAUUUUAUCCAAAGGUAGAAGCGUCGUAAUUGACAAUACCAAUCCAGAUGUGACAUCAAGAAAACGAUUUAUCGAUGUUGCUCAAGCAAAAAACAUUCCAGUAAGAUGUUUCCUCAUGACAACGCAAGUUGAACAUGCUAAACAUAAUAAUAAGUUCCGAGAAUUAUCUAACUCAAAUCAUUCCGUCGUUAGUGAUAUAGUCAUUAAUUCUUAUUAUAAAAAUUACGUAGAGCCGACACUUGAUGAGGGAUUUAUCGAUAUUGUAAAAGUAAAUUUUGUACCAAAAUUUGAUUCAGAUGAUAAAAAACAGCUUUAUCAAAUGUAUUUAUUAGAAAAAUAAAAUUUUCAUAUUAACA